GCUUCUUCAUUGUGUUUACUUUAAUGUUGAAUUAGAGGAAUCAUCAUUACUUCUAAGACCCCUAGUUGCCAAAAAUAUACCACGACAAAAAUCUUUCAACCUAUCGGUUCCCAAUUUCUCUACAAUUAAGAAGAAGAAGGAUAGCUUGAAGAUGUUCAUCGAUUGGGUUAUCUACAUUGCCCCCAUAUGCAUUAUGAUAGUCAUGUUUCUCGGGGGCUGGGAAGCCUCUCAACUCUACGGACACUCCAAGCAAUUGCGUCAGAUGCGCGCUCGCGUGCUCAACGAAAUCUUAGAGACGCCUCCGGAGGAGCGCCUAAACCGCAUGCUCGAUUUAUGUUUCUUCGUUGUCGCGGACAAGAAAGAUACGCUCGAGAUUUUGGAGGUUGAGGUACUCCCAGAAGUGUAUGCGCAUCUUGAGAUGCGGCUGCGGCAGAUUGAGUUAGAGGGAAGGAGAUUUGAGAAUAUUUUGACGGUGGAUUCGCAGAUGGGUUAUGAGGAGCAGGUCAAGAGGGUUUGGAAGCUUAUUGAGGAGUUUAGGAAAAGAGAACGUGGGGAGAGGGAAUUGGAGAAAGAGACAUCGAAAGAUAUAUCGGAAUCGAGGAAAGAAGGGGCGGAAAAUAGUGAUCUUGAAAAGGGAAUUUGAGUGAAAGUUCUUGGGUUUCUUCGAGCAUAAAAGGGCUAAUCGAUA